AUGUCUUUAGCUUAUUGUGUCAAGGAACAGAAACCUUGUGUCCGUUGGGUUGAGAAGUACUUCAAGGACUGCCUAUGCAGUCUAAAAGAUGAAUUCUCUUUUGGUUUUGGGCUCAUUAGUCUAGUGUGUUGGGGAGUUGCAGAAAUCCCUCAGAUCAUCACCAACUUUCGCACGAAGUCCAGCCAUGGAGUCUCUCUCGCUUUUCUCCUCACUUGGGUUGCCGGAGAUAUCUUUAAUUUGGUGGGCUGCUUACUGGAGCCAGCAACGGUGGUGGAGAUGCAGGAAAACCAAAAUGAACCAACAAGUAUUGUUCCUUCCCAUCAGCUCCCAGAUGACAAAUUCAUCUCUUUCUUUCUGUACUCUUCUUUCAAUGUUGACGAUGACCGGAAACCAUUGAAACCCAAGUCAGCUGAUCUCUCAGGCAUUCCCAUACCCAAUGCCUCUCCAAGAGCAACGCUUCGUAGGGAGUCAGCUAGAUCUAUGGCUGCUAGCGACACUCCACCAUUUAGAAGUUACCUGAAGGUAGCCAAAAGUGGCCCCUCAGCUAUGGGACUUGACAAUGAAUCAUCUUCAGAUGAUGAGGCUGCAGCCCCAGCUACAGUCACUAAAACUGUCAGUCAGCCUAGGCCAAUUCCCCGAUCGGCCGGCUAUGGAACAUUUCUUGCUACAUCACUCAACUUGCCCCGAAGCAAGGCUUUGACACAAGCCUACAUUGGAUUCACUGGACGGAGGCUUUUACAUGAAGGCGGAGGAAUGGAGCAUAGUGUGUUUGGACAGUGGUUGGGAUGGCUUAUGGCUGCUAUUUACAUGGGUGGCCGAAUGCCCCAAAUAUGGUUAAACAUUAGAAGAGGGACUGUUGAGGGCUUGAAUCCUCUCAUGUUCAUCUUUGCAUUGGUGGCCAAUCUCACUUAUGUGUUAAGUAUUGUUGUGAGAACGACUGAGUGGGACAGCAUCAAACCUAACAUGCCAUGGUUGCUGGACGCUGCAUACAUUUAUUACCAAUACUUCCGCAAGAAAAGGGUGGAACAUGGAGAAUCCUGCUACGGAGACUAUGUGGAGGCAAGCAAAGCUGCUAUUUCUUGA